AUGGCCGCCGCUAAGUCGCAUGUCCCUAUCGUCAAGAAGCGCACGAAGCGCUUCAACCGCCACCAGAGUGACCUCUUCAUGCGUGUCGGCCCUAGCUGGCGCAAGCCCAAGGGUAUCGACAACCGUGUCCGCCGUCGCUUCAGGGGCACCGCUGCUAUGCCCAGCAUCGGCUACGGUACCAACAAGAAGACGCGCUUCAUGAUGCCCUCGGGCCACAAGGCUUUCCUUGUCAACAACGUCAAGGAUGUCGAGCUCCUGCUUAUGCACAACCGCACCUACGCUGCCGAGAUCGCCCACAACGUCUCGUCCCGCAAGCGUGUUGACAUCAUUGCCCGUGCUAAGCAGAUUGGUGUCAAGGUCACCAACGCCAAGGCCAAGGUCACGACCGAGGUAUAA